GACAAGAUUCAAACGUUAAUUAAAAGCUUUUGAUAUACACUUAAAACUUAAAAGUACAGUUGUUAAAAUUAGUUCAGAAAUCAAUGUCCAAAUCUAACUGAGAAACUAAGCAAGGAAGCUGGUAUUACAAGCAAAGGCAGUAUUUAACUAAAUUGACCAAAACCACCUUCAAACUUCAUCCGCACUCCUCUUUGUACUUUGCUCACCCAGAUGCAAGUUUUUUCCUUAGUUCCCCAGUUGCUGAAACAGUAAGAUUACUGCUUUACUUUUUGAGCUUUAUGGGUCUUCAACUUCACAAUCUUUGGUCUUGAUUUGAUUUUAUUCUGGUUAAAGUUGUCGUUCUGUGUUCUGCUGAAGUGUGUCCCUUUCUAUGUUUCAAGUGCUUAAAUCUUUGGUCUUGAUUUGAUCUUGUUAUGGUUAAGUUGGCACGUAAAUGUCUGUUUCACUUUUAAAGUUUUAUCUGUGUGGGUAUUUUCAGUUAACAUGGAUGGAUUUUUAAUGUGGGAUUACUUCAUUUUUCUGAUCGGUUUAUGAUUAAAUCUGUGAGUAGUUUGUGGGGUGUUCAAAAGAUGGAGAUAGUGAGUAAGUUCAACUGGGACACAUUUGGCCAUUUCAGGCAUUUCUACCUAAGGGGUUUCAGUUUUGGUGAUAGAAUGAUAAAGGGUCCUUGUCAAAUUUGGAUCUUUGUAUCCUUCAAUACACUUUUUGCAACUGGCUCAUUGAUAUUCUUCCUUUCAGCCAUGUUAUUUGGAUAUAUGUAUUUGUUUCCCACUUAUAGCCCAGUGAUCAAUAGUUAUGGAAUUUCUGAGUCCACUGUGUCUAAAGGCACAUGCAAUGUUUUAAAUGGAAGUUGGAUCCAAGAUGAAAGUUACCCUCUAUAUGAUGCCUCAAGAUGUCCAUUUGCAGAACAUGGAUUUAAUUGCUUGGCGAAUGGGCGGAAAGAUAAAGGUUAUGCAAAGUGGAGGUGGAAGCCAAAGAAUUGUGAUAUUCAAAGAUUCAAUGCGCGAGCAAUUCUUGAAAAGCUUCGUGGAAAACGAGUGGUUUUUGUGGGCGAUUCAUUGAGUAGAACACAAUGGGAGUCAUUGAUAUGUAUGCUUAUGACAGGGGUAGAGGAUAAGAGGGAUGUAUAUGAAGUCAAUGGCCAAAAGAUCACUAAACAGAUUAGGUUUUUAAGUGUAAGAUUUAGUUCAUUCAAUUUAAAUAUUGACUUUUAUCGAUCGGUGUUCCUGGUACAGCCUGGUCCUGUGCCAAGGCAUGCACCAAAGAGGGUGAAGACAACACUAAGACUCGAUAAGAUGGACAGUAUCAGCAAAGAGUGGAUUGAUUCUGAUGUUCUUAUAUUUAAUUCAGGACACUGGUGGACAAGGACCAAGCUUUUUGAAAUGGGCUGGUAUUUUCAGGUUGGUAAUUCACUGAAGCUUGGAAUGCCACUGACUACGGCCUUUGGCAAAGCAUUAGACACUUGGGCAUCUUGGGUUGAGACUAUGGUCAACAGCAAUAGAACCAGUGUAUUCUUCCGGACUUUUGAAUCUUCCCAUUGGAGUGGUAAAAACCGGAAUUCUUGCAAAGUGCCUAAACUACCUUCAUCAAGAUCUCAUGGAAGGGACCGAAGCCCAAUUUCAGAUGUCAUAAUCAAGGUUGUGAAGAAAAUGACAGUUCCUGUAACAGUUCUUCAUGUUACUCCAAUGGAUGCAUACCGGAGUGAUGCACACGUCGGUACUUGGAGUGAUAAUCCAUCUGUGCCUGAUUGUAGCCAUUGGUGUCUGCCUGGGGUACCUGAUACAUGGAAUGAAAUUCUCUUAUUACACUUGCUGUCCAAAAAUGGGGUUCCCCUCCAAUGAACAAUAGAAGUUGCAUGCUUUGUUUCCUUCUCUUGCAUCUAGCAUUGAUUCUAAGCUCUCUUGGUUGGCACGGUUUAUCAAUUCACUUGGGACUUGGGGAUUGGAGAAAUUGUACUGGGUUUCUUGUUUUUACCCAUUUAGGAAAUUCUUUCAUUUGUCUGUUUAUUUUUUCAAUGGCAGUUGCUGAAUAACCAAACCUAGUUUGAGAUUCAACUGCGUGUUGCAAUAGAAAUUAAAUUUCUUACA